AUGUCGCUCGGGCAUGAUACAAUUCAACAAAUCAACACAAUAACAUUAGUGUUUUUUCUCGUGAUAUCUUUUGUCAAUUUGUUUCUGGGAAUAUUUGGUCUGGCAUUUAAUAUACUGGUUUUCACUCGUCCAACUCUACGUCGUGAACCAUGUUCACUCUAUUUUCUCACAGCAACAUGUUUUAAUUUUUUUGUUAUACUAAUUAUAAUACCAGUACGAAUGAUUUCAAUUAGUUUUAAUAUAGAUGUAGGUAAUGUGAAUACUGGAAUAUGUAAAAUUGAAUUUUUUACUUUCUACACGGUACGCGCAAUAUGCAGUUGGUUAAUUACAUUAAUAUGCAUCGAUCGAUAUUUACAUAGUUCAUCAAAUGCAUCUAUUCGACGAUUAAGUUCAUUAAAAAAUGCCAAAUUAACAAUUGGAAUUAUUUGUAUUAUUAUUCCUAUUUUCUAUAGUCAUACUUAUGUUUUUUUAAACUUGAAAUAUGUUAUAGAUCAAUAUGGAAAUGUCGGAUCUUCAUGUGUGAUCGAAAAUAGUACUUAUAGUACAUUCAUUGCAUUGUGGCAUCUAGCAUUGUAUUCACUUUGUCCAUCAUUCUUAAUGCUUGUUUUCGGUAGUCUUACAUUGAAACAUCUUCGUCAACGUCGUCGAUUACUUGCACAACCACCUGAAAAUAAUCAAAUGCAUCGACGAGUUCACAUUCAUCUGUUACGAAUGUUAACUGCCCAAGUUCUGAUGAUUAUCAUAUGCACAGCACCAUAUGCUGUUUAUCAACUUUAUGCAUCGUUCACUGCAAGUGUACCCAAAGACUCACUUCGAGUUGCUCAAUUAAAUAUGAUAUCUAGACUUACAUCUGGAAUAUCAUAUUUUGCUCAUUCAACUAGUUUCUAUUUAUAUACAUUAACUGCUACUGUUUUUCGUAAGGAAUCUCUGAAGAUCAUAAAACGAUGUUGCCAUCCACGUCGAAACGUUAUUGCAGUGAUUCACGGUGAAACAUAUCCAUUGUCAGUUUUACAGAGAAAUCAACAAAGUGCACCUAGAUCCAUCAGAAGUGAUCAGUACGUUACACAAGUCAUUCAUACACCAUACAUAUCAUGA